UUAUUUAUUUGACAGAGAGAGAUCACAAGUAGACAGAGAGGCAGGCAGAGAGAGAGGAGGAAGCAGGCUCCCCGCUGAGCAGAGAGCCCGAUGUGGGGCUCCAUCCCAGGACACUGAGAUCAUGACCUGAGCCGAAGGCAGCAGCUUAACACACUGAGCCACCCAGGCGCCCUAAAUCUUUUUUUUUUUUUAUAUAAGAAAAGUAUAUCUCAAAUAUUUUAUGGGACACAAUUCUUGGAAACGUCGAUUCCAUGUUUAUCUGUGAUUCUAAUUUAAUUGAGUGUUUAUUAUUGUUAUUUGCUAAAAUUGGCCAGCCUUAUUGGAUGGGGCCCUUCGAAUUUAGGAGGACUGUAGCACUUCUUCUGGGCAUCCACCCUCCAGAAAGGAGGAGAGGAGCCGCAUUACCAGGACAAGAACAAUCACUGUGCAUAUCCACACACAUUUUGGGACCUGUAUCAACGUUCAACCAGAGAAACGAAGAGCGUACAUUUACUUUUUGAGGCACAAUGCCAUCUCUCCAAAGAUCUAAAGGACAAAGGAAGUCCAGCCCCUGUUGAAUAAGUCAAGAGCCAGUAGGAAGCAGAGCGGGUGGAGGGACACAAACCGAGGUUGCGGGAUACAACAUCGAACCAGAGGAGCACUGGGUCACACCGCGAUGCGGUGAAUCUGGAAAACAGUGUCUGAACUGCCUGGAAAGGCGCUCCCUGAUUGUGCUGUCCCUUUAUCCUUCGAAAGGAACUUGGGGUUCUGGCCCACCUACCAGAGCCUGACUCUUGGAAUGUCUCCCCACCGCCAGCCAGGGCAGGGGCCCUCCGCCCCUCCCCCGCCACAGAAUGUCAUGAGGUCAUGCAUUCUCACCCUGUUUAGAUUCAAACUUUCCUGGCCUUGGCUUGGGUCUUGAGUGUCUCGCCUGCAGCAGCUCACCGUGUGGGGCCCGGACCUGACUUUUGUCACUGUGGAGGCUGCCAGGCGGCAGCGUCCUCUGCCUGUGCGGAUGGCUUUCCAAGGAGCAUCUGCAGUGCUGGGACGCCAUGUGGCCACGGACCCGGGAGCCUCCCUGUCUGCUUUCAUGGCACGGCCCUUCCCCCCACCCACUGCCGGCGCCCCCCACCGGCCACUCUGGGGGCAGCACCCGCCGCCCCUCCUGACCCAGCCAUUCCCUCCUGGUGGCCCCCUGGUGCUGCCAGCUUUCUCCAGGACUCCGCUGGUGGCAGGAGAGGCUGGCCUUGGCCCUAAUGGGACUGGGACCUGCAAUGUCACUGUGCAGGUCAGGUCAGAACAGGGGUGCUCUCUGACCCCCCAGACUCAGACCAUCGUCCUCACUCCAGCCCCCCUCAGCUGGAGUGCUCCAGGGGCCCUCGGUGGGGGUGCUGCGUGUCCCGCACCCAUCUUCGUGACAGCCUCUGCGGUGGAGACCAGCAUGCCUGCCUCGGCCCGUGGGGGCUCCCAGGCCGGCAAGGGAGGCUUGGCCCCAAGCCUUCCACCUCCGGCUCAGCCCCCAGUCGCGCAGCUGACCACCGUCGUGCCCCCAGUCAACGCCUGGCCACAGCCUCACGGAGCUUCCAGGAGCCGGAACACGGCCUCACCCCAGGACUCCUGUAACCCCAAGAGUGUUUACGAGAACUUCAGGCGCUGGCAGCGCUUCAAGUCGCUGGCCCGGAGGCACCUCCCGCACAGCCCCGACGCAGAAGCUCUCUCCUGCUUUCUCAUCCCGGUGCUACGGACCCUGGCGCGCCUGAAGCCCAAGAUGACGCUGGAAGAGGGAGUGCGGCGGGCCGUGCAGGAGUGGCAGAGCAAAAGCAACUUUGACCGCUUGAUCUACUACGAGAUGGCGGGAAAGUUCAUGGAAUUCGAGAUGGAGGAGGAGAUGCAGAUGCGGAAGUUACAGUGGGUGAAGGUGGCCCAGGGCCUGCCUCCCCCAGCGCCCCCGAAGCCUGAACGGCGGGGGACCCCAGCCGCGGAAGCGGGCCCGCAGCCAGCGUGCGUUCCCAGGAAGGCGGGUUCCAGGGCCCAGCCCUCCCGCCUGCAGCCACACCGACCCCCGCGGCGCCGGCAGACCAAGGCGCCCAAGGAGAUCCCUGCAGAGGCUGUGAGAGAGUACGUGGACAUCAUGGAGGGGCUGCUGGGGCCUGGCCGCUCAGCCCCGGGGGGCCCGGCAGGUGAAUGGGGAGAGGACGGAAAGGAGCCACAGCAGGACGAGGCCGCGACCUCCCCGGACCCGGGUCUCCUGAGCUACAUUGACGAGCUGUGUUCCCAGGAAGACUUCAUCACCAAGGUGGAGGCAGUCAUCCACCCCAGCUUCCUGGCGGAAUUGCUGUCCUCGGAACCACAGCUGGACCUCCUGGCCCUGGCUGAGAAACUGGAGCAGGAGGAAGGGCUCAGCCCCGCAGAGCUGGUGGAGAAAAGACUGGCGGCCUUGAAUACGGAGGAGGGUGUGCAGGCACCGCCACGUCUCUGCGCGGCCCGGUCGGGCCCCAGUGCUGAGCACGAGACCGGUCCCGGGAUGGGGCUGGGGGUCAGCGACAAAGCCUGCCCAGCAGACACCGACGGCCAAGACCUUCAGAGGCAUGGCCGAGCACAGAAACAAUUGUCGGGGCCCGGAGCCUUUGCUCUCUGUCCCGGACGACAGGAGGCCCCUGCACCCAGGGCCCGACGGGUCCCCGCCCCUCCGGAGGGGCAAAGGUGUGCCGCCCCUGGACCGGGCCCCAGAGAUGCCCCGCUUCUCAGAGAGGCCCCUCCUGCUAGGGACACUCGAGGGCUGGUGGAUGGGUCCAGUGAGGACGAGGAGGAGCUCCCCAGCCUGGCCUUCCUCCUGGCCUCUCAGCACAGGCUGCUGCCCUGGAGGCUCUCCCAGAGUCCCGCUCCUGCCUCAGUCAUCCCCAGCCCUGGCGGUUGGGGGCCGCAGGGGGCUCCACGGGCCCCCUCUCCUCAGAGAAUAGGCCUCGGUCCGGCCACCGCCCCAGCUACAAAGUCCAGGAAGCGGGCUCUGUGUGAGGGUCCUGCCUCUGUGGCAAAGAUGCCCCUGCCUGGGGCCAACCUCAGGGUGUCUGGGAGGCCGGCCUUGGCUGUGGGGCUGGUUCACCCCUCACAGCCUGCAAAGAGAAGGCGUGACUCCUUGGUCACAGGGAGGAGAAGGAAGCGUCACUGCAGCCAGUAGGGAGAAGUGGGCCUGCGCUCCAGGGCCGGCACACCCCGGGGCCCCCCAAGGAGCCUAGGGGGUCCUUCUCAACCUGGUGCUGAUCCUGGCUGUG